AUCAGCAGUGCAGCUGAAAAGAACAGAUCACAAGUUACAAGACUUAGGGUACUAUUUUACGUGUCGUACGACAAGCUUUUCGGAUACGUUUAUUGGUUGGCGAAUAAAGUAUUUCUAGGUUCUCUGUUCGUCAACCAAUGAAUCUAUCCAAAAAACUUGUCGUACGACACGUGAAAUAUCAGCCUUAUGAUUCUGCCUAGAAUUGCAGCAUAACUCUAUGGUUGUGAUUUUUGUAAUGAGUUAGGAGGAUUUGAGAAGAUUACCGCCGUAGGCUAUUCUUGAAAUGAUUUCUGCUACUAUCUUGGAGAGAAUUUCGAGGGCCUUCGUCGCCGGCAAAUCGUGUUUUCGGACGAUUAGUAAAAGUUUCGUCGAUAGCUCGGUGGAGAGCAAAGUAGCAGUUCAAGAUGACAUGCCCAUACAAAUGGAGAACCCUUAUUUCAAAGAGAAACGUCAAUGUAUUUUGUGCAAAUGGAAUAUUGAGCCAGAUUACAAAAAUGUACGAUUACUCUCUCAGUUUCAAAGCCGCUAUACAGGCAGGAUAUAUGAGAAACAUAUCACUGGAUUGUGUGAAUACAAACACAAGCGAAUAAUGGAAGAGAUUAGGAAGGCUCAACGUGUAGGCUUGAUGGGCUAUAUGACUAAAGAACCAAAAUACACCAAAGAUCCGUCAUUAUUCGAUCCAAAUCAUCCAUUCAAACCACAUCAAUUUUAGAUGAAUAUUGAGAAAGUGUACAUAUAUUUACAUACAUACAUACAUACAUAUAUAUAUAUACAUACAUACAUACAUACAUACAUACAUACAUACAUACAUACAUACAUACAUACAUAUAUACAUACAUACAUAUAUACAUAUAUAUAAAAUAUUAAAAUUCAAUCAAUAAAUUUAGAAUUAAUUUUCUUAAAUUCAGAAUUCUUAAAUUCAGAAUUAAUUUCUUUUUUUAGAUCUUUUGAACCAUAAACGAAUAAUCUUCUUAAUCUUACAGUGAAUAGAUAUUUUUGACAAUAGUAAACGGGAAGUCACUCAUGUCUGAUGCAUUUUUGUCAACUUAAGCUUGUUGAAAAUUUUUAAAAAAAUUUAUAACUUCCCUCGUCUCAAUUAAAAGAUUAUAGGGUUAUUAAAAAUAAAGAAUAAAGCUGUA